GUGAAAGUAAGGCUGCGCGCGCACUUCAUCACUUGAAACCAGCUGGUCACUUAAAUCUACGACACCGGACCACUGCCGAAAACGCAUAUGGCAACGUUGGGCACCAGGUGGGAGAGAAGUACCACUGUGGGUAAUACUGCAAAGGCCUUCCCUUCGCACUGCACAUCUGUUUCACCGAUACUUGUGCUUCACCUUUGCAAAAUAGAGCUGUCUGCAACAUGGCUACUCGAUGGGGCAUCAUCAGCGCGGGGCUGAUAUCUAGUGACUUCGUGUCGGCGAUGCAAGUCCUCCCAAAGGAAGAGCAUCAGGUGGUGGCAGUGGCCGCGCGCUCCCUGCAGGACGCCAAAAACUUCGCAGCCAAGUUUGACAUCGAGAAGGCUUAUGGGUCGUACAGCGAGGUGGCCAAGGAUCCCAACGUGGACGUGGUGUACAUCGGCACCAUCCACACAUAUCACCUGCCAGUGGCCACCGAGAUGCUGAAGGCGGGGAAGGCCGUGCUGUGCGAGAAGCCGUUGUGCAUGAACGUGAGGGAGACCCGGCAGCUGAUACAGACGGCACAGGAGUGUGGCGUCUUCUUCAUGGAGGCUGUCUGGUCCAGGUUCUUCCCGGUCUAUAGGGAGUUGUCUCGCAGGCUGAAGGACGGAGAGAUAGGCGAGGUGGUGCAGGUCAUUGCAUCUUUCGGCAAGAAUUUGCCUCAUGUGGAAAGACUUCAGCGGCCGGAGACGGGCGGCGGUGUGACAUUGGAUAUUGGCAUCUACCCGGUGCAGCUGACCACUCUGGCUAUGGGCGGAGACAAGCCCCUCAAGGUGCUCGCCGGGGGCCAUCUGAACAAGAAUGGCGUGGACGAAACCACCAGCGCCUGCCUCGUGUACUCGAACGGCCGCGUGGCUUCCCUCUCUGCCUCCAUGAGAGCCGACCUUCCCUCCGAGGCGUUCAUUGUCGGCACUAAGGGCACCAUAAAGGUUCACUACCCCAUGUGGUGCCCAGAAGUCAUCGAGGGUCCGUGGGGUAAAUCGACACACCCGCUGCCGAAGAAUUCCUUCACAUUCCACUUCAACAACAGCGAGGGACUGAUGUACGAGGCGGCGGAGGUGCGCAGGUGCCUCAACGAAGGUCUGCUGGAGAGUCCCGGGAUGCCCCACGCAGAGUCCAUCACGCUGGCGGAGGUCAUGGAGGAAAUCCGGACCCAAGUGGGGACAGUGUAUCUUCAGGACUCUAUGUAAACACUGCACGCCAGCGCCACUGAGGGCAGGCGGCGCUACAGGCUGAGAGCCACGGAAACUAUCCUUCUAUGAUGAGCCGCCACUGAAAAUAGAGAAUAUUCCGCUCAUUUGUCAGAUGCUUUCCUUUUUAGAGAAGGGAAUGUACAUGGAUAAGAUGUAAAGACUGGGGUAAGGCGCACCGAAGUCAUAUAGUGCCGUUGUGAAAAUAAAUGAGGCGCGCGGCGCAACAACGACGUAACCGAGAAAUGGAAGUUUCGAGAAAAACGCGCUCAAAGUUAAACACUGAUUGCGCACAAAAGGAUACCCUUAAAUAAGUAAGUAUUAUACAUCAUUUGAAAGGUCUUGGGUAGUCCUGUUUGGGGAUGUAGGUUUCGAAGUGAUAGGUGACGAUUUUGGGUGGAUGACUUACGCGUUAAUUAACGCGUAUACCGUAGGUAAUAAUUUUUUUUUCCCGAUAUUGUUUUCAUUUGUUAAUAAUGUGUUAGAGCCUAUUACACAUAGUAUUAGGUGAAAGUUUCAUGAAGAUUGGUACAUAAAUAAAUUUUUUAUGAAUUUUUUUCCGAGCGUAAAAAAUAAAACUUACUCAUUA